AUGGGGGUUGAAGACGUCAUACCAGAGGAAGAAUACAAACAGAAGAUGAAACAUGUCCGUGGCCGCUUCCAUACACACACCGUCUUCCCCGGUUACAACGACAACGCCGUGUUCUUAACCUUCUGGUCAUCAGACGCCUACAUCUAUGUCAUUCAGAUGUUUGGAGUUGCUAAGUACGCCAGGAAUACACCCGCUAAUGUAAAGACUACAGUCGACAGAAUCGUCAGCUGGUCGUACUACUUCGGUAUGUUCAGUGGGUUCGAACCGUGGAAUGCUUUCUUCUCCGGCUCCUACAAGGGACGUACAACAUACCCGUUACUGUACCCAGUGAAUCGAGUCGAGCUAUUUCAUGGGACCAGGAUGAACAGAACUGAAAUUCACACUGCUAAAUAUAUAGAAGGCGUGGAGGGUUUAAUUCCGGAGAAGGAGUACCAGUAUGAGAUGAAACAUAUGGGCCGUUACAACACACCUACCGUCUUCCCCGGCUACAAUGACAAUGCCGUAUUCUUCCCCUUCUGGUCCUCGGACGCCUACACCUACGUCAUCCAGAUGUUGGGAGUUGCGAAGUAUGCAAGGACUAUGGAUGAGUAGUGUAUCAAAUGUACAAAUUGAUUGAUUAAAUAUUGCAAAUAACA